UAGGACUGAACUUCGCCUUCCAGGAAAAAGAAGCUAGGGAAAUAAUGAAAGCAUUAUGAAAAACGAUACAUAGUAGGACCGUUGCUAGGAGGGUUGCCAUCAUACCCAUCCAUCGGCCACUGAUACAUAUCCAGAGGGACCGAGUUCAUAAUAUGCAUCAGAGGCGCGUCGAAGUUUUCUAACGCAUCCAGAGACGAACCAUUCUCCUGGGCAGAUUCCGUCGACAAGUUUGAGACUUGGCCUUGAAUGCCUAUAGGAUCAAGACACACCGUUACUCCAGGGGAUAUAGCCAAGCAAGUUCCGGUAUCUGUCGUGGGUGUAAUGUAUGACUGCAACACGUUCUCGCGGGGGUCGCUUGGGAUAUUGCUAGGAGGUUCUUGCGGGAUCUUUGUCCGUUUCAGGGCUCCAGGAUUUGAUCUACUGGUGUCCAAUGGGUUAGCAGCCAUUCCUGCCUCGUCCCGUGAUCGUUUCUUUCUCUCGCGUAGCGCAAUAUCGAGUUUAGUGUCGGAAAGUUUAGUCAAGUCCACGCAUGUCUCCUCCAUGUAUGCUCUUUUACGCCUGCUGUCGCUGGUGCACUUCUCUGCGUGUCUUUUGAACUUUCGGACGGUUCUAAAUACAUCAUGGCAGCACACACAUACUUCGCGACACUCUGUGUCUGCACGUCUCGAGUAUCAGCUUUAUCUCUGUUUCCUAAGCAGGAGGAAAUACCUUGUUCAUGAUGUCGACGGAGCUUUUGCUUUGUCGAGAACGGCUUGGUACGUGGGCAGGAAGGGCAAACAAGUUUCUGCGACAGGCUGCGAAGUUCGGUAUUUGCUGACUCUGGCGGAUGGUUGGGUAUGUCUUCGCUAUCGUGCUCGCUAUCAUGUUCACUAUUGCUCUCGGAUGAAAUUUCAUCAACAACUCUAUCGUGCGCUUGAUGUUUCAGUACUUCAGCUUGCAAAUCCCCGAUCAUUCGCUCUCGGAUCUAAAUAUGCCCCUGUCAGUCAUGCACAACAGGGUUCUCAUUAAACUGACUCGCCGUUGUUCUGCAUGAUCAUCAAGGUGUCUGUUGAGGUCAAUGCUCGAUUGGAAAAAGGCUGAGCAAGUGCAUCGUAGUUGUUUUGCAGCAGUAGAGCGCAUUGAGGGCGAAUCUUGCAGGAUGCGACGAAAGAAAGGGAGGUGCUGACUU